UUUCCCGCCACAACCAUUUCCCGCCAUUUGCAACCGCGUUGCUAACGGUGUUUCAGUCGCGUAAAAUGUCUAAAAUGGGAGUUUUAUCUUUGGGUUCUUGCAUACAAAGGUCCCCGGGUGUCCAAGGCUCUGACAUGGACGAAAGUCACCCACACCUUAAAAUAAAUUGAAACGAAAGACUUCUAGGAUGAUCUCUAAAUAGCUUCAGUCUUUAACCAUGGAUAGUAGAAGACUAUCCAUGCUUUAACUCAAAGGUAUGGUAAGGCUUGCAACAUUGCAACCGAUUGGCGGACUGGGCCGAAGGGCUGAUUGGUCACAUUUUGGCGCCAAAAGUAAUUAUUAUUUAUUUGUAAUUAUCCAAGAUGGCGGCUGGAAAGGUGGUCAGCCCUGAAAAGUUAAAAACAGUAAAUUUCAACGAUGGGAAUGACAUUUCAAUCUCUUUGUCGGACUUCACAUGUCCGAUAUGUUUGCAAAUACUCAUCGAGCCUGUUAUUAUGCCAUGUGAACACGAGCUAUGUGGACCGUGUUUCAAGAAAAAUGUUGAGGAAGCGAAUUUCCUUUGCCCUCUCUGUCGAAUGAGAAUAUCAAGUUGGGCGAGAAGAAACUCCCGAAAUGGAACAUUGGUUAACUCUAAGCGAUGGGAACAAAUCCAGAAGCUGUUUCCUGAGAACUGCAGGAAGAGAUUACACGGAGAAGACGAUGAAGACUUCUUUGAUUUUUCACCACCCAAGCGUGCAAUUUCCCAGGAUGGAGAGCUUCGCAAGGAGUAUGAAGAAGAACUGAGAAAGUUGCAACAAGCUAGAGAACAAGAGAUUCAGGCCAGUGAGGAAGUUAUCCAUCAACUACAAGAAGAAGAGCAAAGACUUGCGAGGUCAUUAGAGUACCAGGCACUGCAAGAUGAAGAACUUGCAAGAAAAAUAGUGGCAGAAGAAAGGGAACAGAACUCACAGGGAAAGGAGAGACUUUCACAACCAAGUACAACAGGAACCCCCCACACAAAAAAAGUCACAAAAGGUAAAAAAAUCAAAUCACAGGACACCCAAGUCAGUCGUGGCCACAGUACACUGGACAGAUGGUUCCUUCCCACCAGUAAGCAAUCAUCUUUCUUAGAUAGUGAAGGCUCGGCAAAGAAAAGACUCAAGCCCAAUGCAUUGAUUCACUGCAAAAAUACUGAUGUAGACAGACAGGAUUUUAUUGUUUCAUCAAGUUCCACAUCCAGUGAUAUUUGUAACCUUACCAUUUCACAACUCAUAGAGAAAAGAACAGACCAAGAAGAAAAGGAUUUUCAGCUUGCACUGAAGCUGCAAAAAGAAUUUGAUUUGGCAAGCAAAAAAGUGGCAGAGGUAGACAGAAAGAAAGGAACUGCAGAUGGAUAUCUGCUACGAACCAGCAGUCAAAAUGAAAAAGAGGAAAGUUGUUCUGAUACACAUGCUAGUAGUUGAAGUUGAAAAAUUAUCACAGUUGAGGAGAAAUUUUUCCUUUUAGUGACAGAAAAUGUUUUCAAGCUAAGUUGUUCUUAGUUUUAUAUGCAUGUGAUUCUAUCACUAUUUUACCUGUGAUAAUUGUGAAUGGGUUGCGGUUAUGGAUAGCUGAAUUUAACAGCAUGAGACACGCAUACCUUUUGACACUGCAAUUUUGAGCAAAUAUUGCACAUUCUUUAAAUUUUUUUUCCAACGUUUUUAAAAAGAAAUUGAAGUUUGACUUCAGGUAACUAGAGAGGUUGGUAAAAUUGCAGCAGAUUAUACAUACAAGUUUUCAAAUGUCACAGUUAAAUAUGUAAAUAAGGUUUAACAUUCCAGUAGUCCUUAAUAAAGCUCAAUAUGAAUAGACCAUUUUACAGUUGUCUGCUCAGUGACCUGGCCUUUGGAUGGCAGCGAGG